AUGGCUUCUUCUCUUGAGCAGCUCAAGGCCACUGGCUCCAUCGUAGUCUGCGACUCUGGUGACUUUGCUACUAUCGACAAAUAUAAGCCACAGGACGCCACAACAAACCCCUCUUUGAUCCUUGCUGCGUCCAAAAAAGCCGAAUAUGCUAGUCUUGUUGACGCUGCCAUCGAGUACGGCAAGAAGCAGGGAAAUUGCAUCGAUGUGCAAGUCGAUUCAACUCUAGACCGUCUCCUUGUUGGAUUUGGCAAAGAGAUUCUCAAUGUUAUACCCGGCAAAGUCUCCACUGAGGUAGACGCUCGCUUCUCCUUUGACACUGAGGCUUCCGUCAAUAAGGCUCUGCACAUAAUCAAGCUUUAUCAGGAGAUUGGUAUUCCCAAAGAACGUGUCCUGAUUAAAGUAGCCUCUACGUGGGAGGGCAUUCAGGCCGUUCGCAUCCUUCAGUCGAAGCACGGAAUCAACUGCAAUUUGACUCUCAUGUUCUCGCUCGUGCAGGCUGUUGCUGCUGCCGAGGCCGGUGCCUUCCUGGUUUCCCCUUUCGUUGGCCGCAUCCUGGACUGGUACAAGGCCACCCACGAGUGCGACUACACCGCGGAAGACGAUCCCGGUGUGAAGUCUGUACAGAGCAUCUACAACUACUACAAAAAGCAUGACUAUAAGACAAUUGUUAUGGGAGCAUCCUUCCGAAAUACCGGCGAAAUCAUCGAGCUAGCCGGCUGUGACUACUUGACUAUUUCGCCUAGCCUCUUAGAAGAUCUAUAUAACUCCACCGACCCAGUACCGAAAAAGCUAGACUAUACUGCCGCGACUGAUCUCGACAUCCCAAAGAUCAGCUAUCUCAAUGAUGAGGCUCUCUUUCGUUUUGAUCUCAAUCAGGACGCAAUGGCUGUCGAAAAGUUGCGCGAGAGUAUUUCCAAGUUUGCGGCAGAUGCCGACAGUUUAAAAGAAUCGCUGAAGCAGAAAAUUCAAGCGUAG